GCGGCCACUAGAGUAUCUGGUCAAUAUAAAAUAUUAUAUGUGUUCUAGCAGAUGUCUCUUUCGAAUGAGUGUGAAAUCAAAGACGGCUUAGAAACGUUGGUGGAAUCACAGGCUAUAGGAGAGUUAGCUAAACUAGCGGUAAACAACGUGCUCUAAAGUUCGUGGCUAGCUACAUUUCUGUAUUUUGAAGAAUUUUCGAUUUAACCAGUGGUGUCACUUAUCUUAGGCAUCCUGGCUGGGUGUUCAAACUAGAAUGGGUCGAAAAGUAGAUGACUAGUUAGCUAAUGUAGACUGAUUUGCCGGCUAAAUUAUGAUGGACAAAGCUUUCCCUGCAAAAAAUGUAUUUAGCUCGCUCGAUGGCUGCAAGAAGCAGUUUUGUUUUAGAAAGAUUGGUUAGCAGCGUGUGUUGUUGCUAGCUAGCAGUGGCACUUACACCAAAGAUGGUCUCAUUAGCUUAUCGGUGUUUAUACUGUUUGUUCCAACGCGCUUCACCCAUCAUUAUCGACACCAAUUGGCGAGGAUGUGCAACUGCACUGCAGUACUCACGAACUUCGGACCUGCGCAGGGCCGUUCGCAGUGUUUUGGUCUUCAAUAGCUUCAUAAACCCCGCACAUUAUUACAAUUUAUCUUUUUAAAAUGUGAUUUUAAUCAUAACCCUAAGCACACUGCUAACCGUAUACUUUGUUUUUUGUUAUUGCAUUUUUUGCUAUUUUGUGGCUGUGGAAUCCGACUUUGUUGCUAGAAGCUAGUGGAAACCUAGCUAGUAACGUUACUUCCGUGGGACGACAGAGUUCGCAAUACUUCCGUGUAGCCAUGGCCGAUUCUGUUGCAGUAGAGGACCCGAAAUUCACCUUACAAGAGGUUCUUGACACUUUUAAGUCAUGCCUAUCUGAAAACAAAGAAGUAUUCCUCGAACAUUAUGUAGCAGGAUGGCUUGGUCUUGUAAGAUUCAUGAACAGCCUGGGGAGUGUGUUCUCCUUCAUCGCCAAGGAUGCUGUCAACAAGAUCCAAAUCCUGAUCAACCAUCUGAACAGUGAGAAUGGGGCCCACUACGUCACCGUCCAGUCUAUGGUCAAAUACGAACUGGACAACCAACUGGUGGACCUGACUAAGAGAGGCAGCUUCCCCGAGUCCGGCUGCCGCACCCUCCUGAGGCUGCACCGUGCCCUGCGCUGGCUGGAGCUCUUUCUCGAACGGCUGCGCACCAGCACUGAAGAAAGCAAGACCUCUGUCAUGUGCUCUGAGGCCUAUAAUGAAUCCCUCUCCCAACACCAUGCAUGGAUCAUCCGCAAGGCUGCCGGUACAGCUUUCUGGGCUCUCCCAGGGCGUGCCACGUUCUUUGAUGUGAUGAAUGUAGGUACCCCAGAGCAGGUAGUGGCCAUGCUAGGGGAUGCCCUGCCGCUCAUCUCUGAGGUGUACCAAGUGACAGAGGACCUCUAUGCCCAGAACAAUAUAUUGGACUUGCCCUAGUAGGCAGGAAGUACUGUAGUAGUAGUUGCCUGGUGGUCCCAGAUCUAUGUGUGUCAUCUUGCCAACUCCAAUGGAAUUGUUUAUAAGAGUUGGCAAGACAGCAUAAAUAGAUCGGAGACCACCAGGCUACUGUAGGCCUCGUAGUCCAACCAGCACAUCAAUGCUGGCAAUCUGUGCUGCUCCUUAUUGUUUCUUGGUGACAAUUUCUGGUGUAUAGAGAUGGGUGUAUUACUGUAUGUACAUUACAUUAUUAUGUAGUAAGGCAGCAUUACCCAUGUAUUUAUUUCUAAUUAGAAUUGUGAAAUGGGAUUUCUAUGGCAUUCAGUGCUGUCUUUGUGCAACACAUCUCUUUGCAUUUAAGUCUCUCCUUAAUUUGUUUAGGCAUGCAUCAGUUUUUAGCGCUCAAAGUAGGUUUUGUAUUAUGGGAAGAGUAUGAUUUCAUUGCAAAUGCAAUAACAUAUUUUUAGGUUGUAUGUCUGUCUUGUCUAAUCUAAAGAUAUACAUGUCCUUAAUUGUCCCCCCACAAUGAAAUUGGGGAGGGGACUGUGGAUCUGUCUCUGUACGUUCGUUCGUCACACGUGAUAUCUCGGACCGCACUGGCCCAAUUUUGACAAAUCGACAGCAAUUUUGUGGAAUGAUGCGUCUUGCCAUAGAAAUCAGGCAUUUACAAAAUUACACUGAUUAUCCAGAUGGCGUGUGACAAAGGAACUGCAGCCCAUUGUUCAAAUGGGUUAAAUGGAAACUGAAAACCUGAGACUGACUGUAGGUCUAUAACCUUUCACAGAGUCUUAAUAUUAACCCCUGCAGAAUUAAGCAUUUCUUGAAGUAAACUGAUACAAAAAGAUUGCCGUAUAACUGCAGUAUGUUGCAAAUACUGCGUCCAAAAUAACUUAGUGUAUCUGCAGUUACAGUGCAGUGUAUUGCAGUUAUUACUGCAUCCAAAAUACCACAGUCAGCUAGUUACUACGCUUUUACUGCAGUUCCAAAACUGUAAUCUUUAUUUGGAAGAGACCGAUCAUAUUCAACGGGAGUUGUGCAUUCUUAAAUUCAUCAGUUAUUCUGCACUCAGGCAUACUCAGAGUAGUGCUCUGACAUCUUAGUAGAUAGCCAGAGUGAAUUUACCAACUCGCCCUUAGUGUUCUAGGGCAACAUAUAAUGACAGAACAGAGGUUGCAUGUAGGCCUGUCUAAAUAUAGACAAGUUACCUAACAAAUAGCCUACCAAAAUGUCUGAAAUUAUAAGCAGGAACAUAGCUAAAUUAGGCACACAAAAAAAUCCCCCACCUCCUGUCAAAAAAUGUAUUCUGUGGUCUGACUAUAGCCUACAGGGCAUCUUCUAUAUUUGCUGGGUCGGGUGCGGGCCUCAGAUUUUCACUUUAACACACAUAGUCAGUCGUUGCAGAUGGGUUAUUAGCAAUUGUGGGUAAGUACGUAAACAGCUGAACAAACUUCUGAAUCGUGCACCACUGGCUGAUUUUUGAGGAAACUUGGGUGAAUGAUGAGUCUUUCCCAGUGGCGGUCAGUGCCGUUUAAGAUGAGGGAGGACAAAUGUUUUUCAUGAGCAUGGCCUUAUUUCUAUCACAGGAUAUUGGAUGACUAAUUCAUAUUCCAUUCACCUAGGUUUAGACUACUACAUGAUACUCAUAUUUUCCCAAUACCAAUCAUGAGGUUGCUACAACCUAGCCUAUGAAUGAAAGUUUACAGCGUAGGUGCACACAGGUCGAGAGACAUAGGGUGUCAUAAUUAGUCCAACAGUUGCAAACGAGUUUCUAUUGGACAAAUUCAGGUAUGUUUAUCCCUGUUUGUUCCCAUUUGCUUCCAUUUAAGAAAUGUUUUUCAACAGAAUUGGCUGAAUGAAUACACCCCUGAUAAUGUGUAAACACAUCACUUUCAUAACAGCCACGUUGUAUUCCUUUUCGCAUCUCUCCUCCUCACCUCUUCCCUUUGUUGUGGACUUCAAUGCACAACCCAUCAGCUGUAUGUGACCAGGUGGAAAAAACCUUUGUAAGCCAAACCGCUACACACAGCCUACAUCAUUGUCACCAUAUUAGCUAAAGUAGUGUCAUAGUCUGCAUAGAAAAUAGAACUAACGCGUUUGUAAACCCGGCAGGCAGUAACGCUACAGUGUACGGUCAGUGAGUAGUUACGUCAACGAGGCCCCGAUGGCAAUAAAUUAGUAAUACCAAAAGCUUACCUUGGAAAAACCUUGGAGAAAAAAAAUUAAAAAACAACUUGGAGGAGUUCCAGUGUUAGUUUGGAAAGUCAUAGCCAGUGAGCUAACAUAGCAUCACUCUGUUUGAGCAGGGUGUUUCAGUAGGCUAAACUAGCCAGCUGCAAUUGCUAGCAAAGUAAGUGAUUCUGAAAGUGGGGAAAAAUAACAAUCUCUAUUUUUCUCUUGCUUCCCCUUAAUUUGAUCAAAACUGUUCCAACUACUGUCAUUCUCUUUGAGUUAAUUACUCACCCCAUUGUAUACACUGCAGUGCUAGCUAGCUGUAGCUUAUGCUUUCAGUACUAGAUUAAUUCUCUGAUCCUUUGAUUGGGUGGACAACAUGUCAGUUCAUGCUGCAAGAGCUCUGAUAGGCUGGUGGAUGUCCUCUGGGAGUUGUCAUAAUUACUGUGUAAGUCUAUGAAAGGGGGUGAGAACCAUGAGCCUCCUAGGUUUUGUACUGAAGUCAAUGUACCCAGAGGAGCACAGAAGCUAGCUGUCCCCCGGCUACACCAUGGUACUAUCCUACAGAGUACUGUUGAGGCUACUGUAGACUUUUGCAAAAUAAUGUUUUAAACAAUUAUUUGGUGAUGUGAUUAUAUUUAGUAUAGUUUUAUCUAAAAAUGAUAACUUUUUAAAUGAUUUACAUUUUUCUGAAAUUCACUGAAGAGGAUGGUCUUCCCGUUCAUCCUCUGAGGAGCCUCCUCUGGUUUUGCCUUAGAAGUCUGUUAUUUACAAAAUUACACUGAUUGGCCCAAGGGGGGUGGAUGACGUUUACUGUUGCCUUGUUUAUUGUUUAAAAUAUGUACCACUUAAUCUUACAGUUUUUCAUUUUUUCUGUUCACUAUGAAUGAAAUUAUAAAUUAAACACAGAGACCUGAUAAGUCUA